UUAUUUGAGGACUGUUGGUGGAUUUGGACAUAUUAAAACGGGUGUGCCCCGCGGUCUCUUUAAUUCUUUGGAAGUUCUCCCCAAGUUAGCUAGCUAUGCCUGGGAAAAGUUUUGCCCCUCUUGGGGACUGCUAAGUAAGGGCGUAGUUAGCUAGCUAGGCUAACAGUAGCUACUUGUGUAGUGUCAAUUUUGGAAUGGUUGGAUAAGUAGUUAGCUAUAACUUUUGUGUACAGUAAAGUAGUUAUUUUCUUUUGAUUAUAUUAACUUCAUUGCUUUACUUUGCUGCAUCUUGAAGUAAAGCUCUCAAGUGGAAAUCCUGUCUAUGAAAAAUACUAUCAACAGGUUGACCCGUCUGGUAGUGGACAGGUGGCAGCUGCUGAUGCAGCCUUGUUCCUGAAGAGAUCAGGUCUAGCAGACCUUGUCCUGGGCAAGAUCUGGGAUUUGGCAGAUUCAGAACGCAAGGGGUGCCUUAACAAACAGCAAUUCUUCAUUGCUCUCCGGUUGGUGGCCUGUGCCCAAAAUGGACUGGAGGUGGCACUCAAGAGUCUAAAUUUGGCAGUUUCUCUCCCAAAGUUUCAUGACACAAGCAGCCCACUUCCACCUGGGGGAGUGUCCAUUGACGGCCCAUGGGUGGUCAAGACGGAAGAGAAGCUGAAAUUUGAUGCCGUCUUCGAUAGCCUCUCCCCCGUUAGUGGCAUGCUCUCUGGGGAGAAGGUCAAACCAGUGUUGCUGAACUCUAAACUUCCAGUGGACGUACUGGGAAGGGUGUGGGAACUGAGUGACCUAGACAGAGAUGGUAUGCUUGACCGAGAUGAGUUUGCUGUGGCCAUGUACCUUGUCUACAGAGCUCUGGAGGGGGAGCCCGUGCCCAUGUCUCUACCUGCUCCUCUAGUGCCCCCCUCCAAGAGGAAAAAUCCCCCUGUCUCUGUACCCCCAGUGAUGCCCCUUUUACCCUCGCCCCCUUCCGUCAAAGAGAGCCGCUCCUCCCUUUCAGGGUCCAAAACCCUGCCCUCCAAACCAGCCGUGACCCCAGUCACAUGGGCUGUAUCUCCUCCAGACAAAUCCAAGUAUGACGAGGUGUUUGCGAAGACCGAUCUUGACAUGGAUGGGCUGGUGUCUGGGCCUGAAGUCAGAGAUAUCUUCUUAAAGACUGGCUUGCCCUCUGCCACACUAGCACACAUCUGGGAGCUCUGUGACAUUGGGGACAUGGGGAAGCUAACCAGGGAACAGUUUGCACUAGCGCUGCAUCUAAUUAACCAGAAACUGACCACGGGUGUGGACCCACCCCAGAACCUCUCUGCUGAAAUGAUCCCUCCCUCUGACAGACUGAGCCUAGCAACCAAGCAGAGCAACGCAGCAAAUCUGGCAGCAGACUUUUCUGCCAUCAAGGAACUGGACUCACUCAGCAAUGAGAUUGUUGACCUACAAAGGGAGAAGAGCAAUGUGGAACAGGAAAUUAAAGAGCAGGAGAAGAGCAUCAGAGAAAGGACCAGUGAAGUCCAGGACCUGCAGAAUCAGGUGCAGAAGGAGAGUGGCGAGCUGCAGCGGCUGCAGUCUCAGCGCCAGGAGGUCCAGGAUAAUCUGGACGAGCUGGACCAGCAGAAGACCACUCUGGAGGAGCAGCUUCGUCACAUCUGCCAGCAGUGCAGCCAUGAGAACCAGCUGAUCUUGUCACUAGAGGCGGAAAACACGGCGCAGGAGGAGAGGAUAGAGGAGUACGAGGAGCAGCUGGUGCAGGCCAGAGAGGAGCUGCUGCGGCUGCAGGGGGAAAGCCAGCAGCUGGAGGAGAAGGUGCAGGCAGCACGGGAGCAGUUCACCCCCUUGCAGGAAUCUGUCAAGGACUCCUUCUCUCAGGUAUCUCAGGUGCAACAGAAGCUAAGUGAUCUACAGAUUGAGGAGCGAAUGGUCACGGCCCAGCUCAGCUGGAAGAAUUCCCUAGAGGAGGAUCCAGUGCUGGUGAACGGCUCAGCAGAGGAGCAGCAACAGGAAGACCAGCCUGAGGAGCUGAGAGUGGAGCCUCCAGCCAGCCAGCCACAGAUGGAGCCUGCUGAACUGAUGGAAGAAGUAGACGAGGAUCGCCCUAAGACCCCAGAGGAACCAGAGCCCAAGUCUGAUGCCUUCGAAGACCUCUAUAACAGCCUAUCUUCCACUGUCUGGCCAGUACCACAGGACAACCUUGUGAAGGAGCACAUUAGUCCCAUUGCUUUCACCCUUCAGGAGCACAGCAGUCCUACUGCUGAAGUUGAUACAGAGGUCAAAGAUGUAGAAAAAGAAGAUGAGGAGUCGUCGUUUAAAGCUAGCACUCCCAAGCAGGUGGAAUCUCCAGAGCCAGAACCGAGACCAGAGUCAACUGAGCCUCCCCAUGCUACCCUGCCUGUGCUGCCUCCACAGACCACUUCCCAUCCACUCCCUGAUCUGGACUUCUUCCAGUCAGACCCCUUCACUGACCAGGAUCCAUUUAAAGAUGAUCUGUUUGGAAAGGCAGAUGUUUCCGAUCCAUUUGGAGGGGACCCAUUCAAGGGUACAGAUCCUUUUUCUGCUGACUCCUUCUUCAAGCAGUCUUCGGCUGCCCCCUUCCCUUCUGCUGACCCCUUCAGUGGCAGUGCCAGCCUGGUGGAGCCUGACCUGUUUCCAGCUCCGCUUAACGACGCUGCAGGACUGGACCCCUUCAGCUCCAAAGCCAACAACAAGGCAGCCAGGGACCCCUUCAGCGCCAAGGUCAACAACGUGGAUGCGGAUCCGUUUGGAUCCAAAAUGGACUCCCUGGCAGAGGCAGACCCGUUUGGCUCCCAGUGUACUGCAGGCCCGGAUCCCUUCAGCUGCUCCCAGCCAGGCUCUGAGCUCCCCACUGAUCUCACUGCAGCAACCAAUGACCCUUUUGCACCUGGAGGCACUGCUGGAAAUACUGGCUCUGACCCAGAUCCAUUUGCUGCUGUGUUUGGCAUCGAAUCAUUUGGAGUGGGAUUUGCAGACUUCAGCGCCUUGGCCAAGUCAAACGGUGCCGACCCCUUCGCCUCAUCCAACUCCUCCAACAACAAGAACCUGUUCAAGGAGGACAGCCAGCCUAGCAGCCUUGAUGUUCCCCCAGCCUUGCCCCCCAAGACAGGAACGCCCACCAGACCUCCCCCACCACCCCCAGGUAAGAGAGCCGACAUCUCCAGGUCCGAGACGUCGGACUCGUUCCACAGAAGGGGGCUAUUUCUGCCCCAGGGCUCAGGAGACCCCCCUUUCUCCCAACCUGCCAAGGAUGCUGCCCAAGACCCCUUCGCCCCAUCCUCACCCCGCCAGCCCGCACGGGACCCAGACCGAUUUGCCAGCUUUGACAAACAGCAGUACCAUACUGAGGAGGACAUGAUUGAGUGGGCGAAGAGGGAGAGUGAGCGGGAGGAGAAGGAGCGCUUGGCCAGACAGGCACAACAGGAGCAAGAGGAUCUGGAGCUGGCCAUUGCCCUGAGCAAGUCAGAGUUUUCCUGAAAGACUCCCGGUCGCCCUGUGUGACCCAGCGCUAACCAAAGGAAGGAGGGAGGGGUGGGAGAACUGAACUAAAUGGCCUACUCAGACCUAAUGAAGAGAUGUUGAGUAUUGGCUCCUCCCACCCAUUAACCCCUUUAAUUGUCUCCUAGCCUCUCAUUUUGUUUCACUCAUCUGUGGCAUUUUCAGUUUGUCUUCAAUGGUGUUUGGCUAGGUGGUGGGUAUAGAACUGUGAUGUUCUCUGUUCGACUUCAAUAUCCAUCCUGGUACAGUAAAUAGACAUGGAGAUUGUGAAGUAUAUGUAUACAGACCUAAUUGUUAAUAACUAACUGCAAAAGUUAUGCCCCUGUUUGCAAUGCUCUUGUCUAGAAGCCUGCUCAGACCCAGACCACCAGAUACUAUUGAGCACUUAUGGUAACCAUUUCUCCCUGAGAUUGAAUGCAAGAGUGGCUAACACAACAUGCCUUUUUUCCUGUCUUCCCACUUGUUUUUUCUUCUUGAAAUUAUGAACUUUUUAUAAUAUGAUUAACUCUAACAAGAUAAUAAGAGUCAUGUUCCUCUAAUUAGUCUGGGUGUAAACCAAUGUCAAAUUGUAAUCCAUAUUUGAUUCAUAUGGCUAUACACCAGGCAUGUAAAAAAUACAGUGAAUUGGAUUUCAUGUCUGAGCUGAGGUUUUGCUUGUGUAAAAACACAUCUUAGAGAUGACCUGACGUAUGUCCUUACGAGAGUAGCCUUUUUAUGUGUAUAGUAGUCAAACGGUGCAGAGGGUUGAAAGGGAGAAGAGGAGAUCCCGCUUCAGAUACACACUGGUGCUUGUCACGACUACUUUGACUACACUUAACUUGAUUGAAUUUGUGCAUAUAUUUCUGAUCACCCUACUUACUAUAGGUUGUUCACCUUCCUCUCAACUCUUCCUCUCAUCAACGUGCCCUUAAAUGUAUCUUUAUAUGCCAAACACCAGGCAGUGAGCAAGACUCACAUGCUCAUUAUCUGUUUGGAAAGUAAUAAUGAUCUUGUAAAAACGGUAUAACUCCCAGGUCACUCACUCCGUUAACCUCAGUGUCAUCCUCCUAAUACUCUAUUAAUUCUUAAAGGUUUAUAGCAGUGUUAAGAGUUGUACAUUUGCUAAAAAUAAGUAAACCAGUAAAACUAUUUUAUGUUCAGUUAUGUCCAGACCUCUGCAUGUAGGAUGCUUUUUCUUAGCGUGAAAUGUAGUCUACCCCACCAAUAGUCAAGAGACAAAACUAUUGACCACAAACAAUUAUUGUGGUUCAUGAAGUGACAUUUGAACAAAUGAGAUGUCAAGAUUUUGGGAAGUAGGUUGGUUGUACAGGAAGAUGUAUUGUAAGUGGAAAAAUAUAGAAUUAUUAUCUAGAAACCGGAUACAGGCUGAGUGUAAUGCACACAAGAAGAGUAGCUGCUGCCUUGGCAACAGCUAAUGGGAAUCCCUAAUAAAUACAAAUGCAAAUUCUCCCUACUAGAAUAGCUGUCUUCUGUAAAUUGUCUGAUUCUGUCACCAAAAUCCACAACGUGACAUCCUGUCUCACCUAUUUAGGGAUCCAAUAGUUUAGCCAUGUCUUCUGCAUCAGGGAGUUAUGUACCCUUGUUAUAACCAAUUGGUAUAGUUUAUAACUAGGCCCCAAUUUUCCUGCUCAGGAAACUCCUGGCCCAAUAUGGCAAAUUCUCCACUGUAUAUACGCUCAACAUUUAUAAUACCAAGCUUCAGUUGAAUAUAGCUAUCAGCAGGGGGUUCAGUUAUAAAGAAAAUGGGUGCUGCACAUGUUAGUAUUCUGAACCAUCUUGUUUUUUUGGGGUUUUUUUUCACCGAGGUGAUCCCACAGUGAUUUGACCUCAUUUCAAAAACUGCCUGGUAAAAGUAUCCUUUGCCUUUUUGUACAAAGGCUGUUCUUCUGUCUGUGAACUUCAGUCACUUGAGGCUUUUACUUAAAAAGCCUUUUUGUGUUGGCGAGGAGAGACAGAAUUGGAGUGGGGGGGAUAAAUGUCACUAAGACAUGUUACCAUCUUAAAGCAUACCAUUUUUUAUUUUUUUUCUCCAGAUUAAAUGAGAAUAAUUGUGUCACUAAUCAAGAGGGGUAUACUGUGAAAGUACACCGUUGACAAGGGAAUGGCGUGGCUCAAGUCAUUUGGGCUAUUUUGUUUUCUGACCAAUGUACCAUGGACCCUUUUCCUGCUUUUCAUCCAUGUUUUUAGGUUCAUCAGUAGAGACCAUUCUGUAAAUGAGCACGGUGGGCAGUUAGGACUUCAUAGUGUUGUUCAUUCAACAGAUGUUUCUGUUUGUAAAUACAAUGGAGUUGUCAAUUCUCCAGAGACAGCUGUGUUCCUUUUAUACCAUCUGGUAUUUAAAGGCUGUCGGAUACUAUUGAUCAUGUCAUUUGUAUAGACUUCUGUAUUUUCAAAUAAAAAAACCACUUGUUGUUCGAAGCCAUCUACCAAUAGGCUUUUAAAAACCGGCUUAUUUUAGGACUAUUUCAGUUAUCAUUUUUUAACAUGUCAGUAAUGGUCAGAAUAUACUAAGUGAAACAUUUAAUUGAAAACAGAAUAAUAAAUAUAAACCUCUCGAACAACA